AUGCCUGAAAUUAAUAAAGAAAAUUCUUCAUGCUUAUCUAACUCAAAUAAAAAACAGUCAUCUAUUUUAAGUUUUUUUAAAAUAAAUGAUACUAAAAUAAAAAAAAAUGAUGGAAAUAUCAAUAAUUUAAAUAAUAAAAUAGAUAUAAAAAAAGAAAAUGAAAAUAAAAUAUGUGAUAACAUAAAGGAUAAAGAUGAGGAUUGUUUAAAUAAUGACAAUAAAAAUUUUAACAAUAAUAAUGAUAAAAAUAAAGUUGAAUUAAAUUCAAAACUAAAUACAUUAGAUAACAUUACAUCUAAUAUAGAAAAGAACAAUGAAAAAGAAAAUAUUAAGAUAAGUAACAAUCUAUUUGAUAAUGAUAUUCAUAAAAAUAAUACAUUUUUUAAUCAAGAGUGCAUUCUUAAUGAAGAGUUAAGCACAGAAGAAGAUAUUAUUAUAAAAAAGAAAAGAAAAAUUCUGCUUGAUUCUUCAAGUGAAGAUAUAAAUGAUAAUAAGCAAAAAGAACCAGUUAAAAAUAUGAACAACAAAGGCGUUGAUGACAAACUAAACAACUUAUUAUAUCAGCCAAAUCAAAAAAUAGAAGAAACCCUAUUUAAUGAAAAAAAGAGCAAUGAUAUAAAGUAUAUACAAAGAAGAAAAGGAGAAGAUACACAAAAGUCUCAAGAAUUAGAUUUUUUAAGAAAUAAAUAUUUAAGUUUACCAAUUAGUAUGACAAAUGACAAAUUCCGAUUAUAUAUAGAACAAUAUUUUUUGUAUUGUAAUACUUUUGAGUUCCCAAAAUGGAUACAACCACAAUAUAUAAGGGAUAGUAAUCUCAAUAACCCGGAAGAUCCUAAUUAUGAUUGUACAACUAUGUGGACUCCUUCACCUGAUCAUAAAUGGGCUCUUGAAUAUAAACAAGCUCAUUAUACUCCUGGUAUGCAACAAUUUUGGAAGAUUAAAGCUAAAAAUUUUGAUAAAAUAAUAUUUUUUAAAAUGGGAAGAUUUUAUGAAAUAUUUUAUAUAGAUGCAUGUAUUAUGCAUACUAUAUGUGGUUUGAAUUGGAUGGGUGGAGAACAGAAACCACAUCUAGGAUUUCCUGAGCAAUCAUUACAUUUUUAUGCAAAAAAAGUUAUUAAUAGUGGGCACAAAGUUGUUGUAAUUGAACAAAUGGAAACACCUAAAGAAUUAGAACAAAGAAACAGAGAAUGCUCAGGGCCAAAAGAUAAAGCUAUUAAAAGAGAAGUUAAUGAAAUAUAUACAAAAGGAACAAUAUUACAUGAUAAUAUGCUAACUGCUGAAACAAAAUAUUUAGUUUGUUUUUAUUUUGAUGAAAUAGAAGAGCUUGAAGAUUCCAAUAAUCAAUCAAAAGUUAAAUGUAAUUUUGGGUUUGUUGUUAGUGAUAUUGCUACUUCAUAUAUAGCAGUUGGAUAUUGCAAUGAUGAUGAAUCACGAAUAGAAUUGAGAACAAUACUUGCUCAGUUGUGCCCUGCAGAAAUUUUAUAUUGCUCAAAAAAUAUUAAUAAAGAAGUGUUAUCUAUUUUUAAAAAUAUUGCAGCAUCUCCUGAAUUAACUAGUCUAAACAACUUUCCAAAUAUAAUUACAUCUUUAGAUGAAAUUAAUAAAUAUUUUGAAAAUAUGCCUAAAAGUUUAGAAAUUUAUAAAGAACAAAAUAGCGUAAUUUGCGCAUUUGGGGGAUUUAUUAUAUAUCUGAGAUCAUUAUUAUUAGAUAAGAAAAUUUUUAAAUUUUGCAAAGUAGAGCAUUAUGAUUUAUUUAAAAAGGAGAAUUAUAUGGUAUUAGAUGCAACCGCAUUAAAACACUUAGAAAUAUUAGAAACGCAAUCAGGAGAUACCAAAAAUUCUUUAUAUGAUUACUUGAACAAAACGUGUACUAAUUUCGGUGCUCGUAAUUUAAGAAGGUGGAUAUGUAGCCCAUUAUUGGAUUGCAAAAAAAUUAAUGAAAGAUUAGAUGUUGUAGAGUUUUUAAAAAAAAAUGAGCAUAUUUUAUCACUUAUUAGAUUAAAAUUAAAGAAAUUACCUGAUAUAGAAAGACUAUUAAACAAAAUAUGUAUUCAAGCGUCACAAAGUGAAAGAGGUGCAGUUUUUUUUGAUAAUAUUGUAAACACAAAAUUAAAGGAAUUUGUAACUUUUUUAAAUGCAUUUAAAGAAAUGGAUACUUUAUUAAAGGAGAUAAAUACAAUAGAUAAAGAUGAUGAAUUACCUUCUCGUCUCUUUGAGAUUUGUAACACACCUGAUAAUAAAAAAAACGAUUUAAAAGGAUCUUAUCCAGAUAUAGAACAUAUUACAAAUGAAUUUUUGCAAAAAAUUGAAUUUGAUGGAGAAAAAGAAUAUAAACCUGCCGAAGGUUGUGAUGAAAUAAUUGAUGUGAUAAAUAAGAAAGAAAAAGAUAUUGAAAAUAAAUUAAAUCAAAUAUUAACUAAUAUGAAAAAAUAUCUGAAAAUACCUACUUUGAAAUUUGUUCAUGCAAAAUAUAAGUAUGAAGUAGAGUGUCCUGAUAAUGUUCCUAAAUCUUUUUUAAAGGAUGUUGAAAUUACAUCUGCUAAAAAGGGUUAUGUUCGUGUUCAAAAUGAAGAAAUAAAAAAUUAUGUAGAGAUGUUAGAUGACAUUGAGCAAGAAAAAAAAGAUGCUAUUUAUCCAUUUUUUCAAAAAAUUUUUCAAUUAUUUUAUACACAUUAUGAAAAAUAUAUAUCUGCAAGUAGGUUAAUCGCAGAGUUAGACUGUUUACAAGCAUUUUCAUAUGUAGCUUUAAACACUUCUUUUUCAUUAACUAGGCCAAUACUGCACCCAAUAUGUUAUGAUAAUAAAGAAAAGGAGAAAAAAAUAAAUGAAGAAAAGAAAGUAGAAGAAACACACAAUUCUCAGAACAUUCUUAAUAGUAGUGAAAAUAAAAAACCAAUCUUAAUUUUAGAGAAUAAUAUUCAUCCUGUUGUUGCUACACUGAUGCCUAAUUUUAUUUCAAAUAAUAUUUAUAUGGGAUGUGAUAAAGAAGAACAAUCUACUUUGUUAUUAACAGGACCAAAUAUGGGAGGAAAAAGUACCUUGCUGCGUCAGACAGCUAUUUCUGUUAUUUUAGCACAGAUAGGUGCAUUUGUACCUUGUACAUAUUGUGAAUUAACUAUUGUUGAUAAGAUUUUUACAAGGUUAGGAUCAAGUGAUAACUUAUUUGAGGGAAAAAGUACUUUCUUAGUAGAGUUGGAAGACAUUUCUAAUUUAUUAAAACAAAGUACAGAAUACAGUUUAGCUAUUUUAGAUGAAUUAGGUAGAGGAACUUCUUCUUUUGAUGGAACAGCAAUUGCAUUAUCCACUUUAGAACAAAUAUCGGAUAUAAUUAAAUGUAGAUGUAUUUUCUCAACACAUUAUCAUUUAUUAGUAGAAGAAGUUAAACAUAAUAAAAAUAUUUCUAACUAUCACAUGAGCUUAAGUAUUGAUGACGAACAAGAAAAAAUUAUAUUUUUAUAUAAAUUUAUAAAAGGAGUGUGCCCAAAAUCUUUUGGUAUACAUAUAGCUAAAUUAGCUGGUCUUCCAAAAGAAAUCAUUGAUUUAGCACACGAAAAAUCAAUUUUAUUUGAAAAUGUAACAGAUGAAUUUUGUAAAAUUAUAAAAUAUAAAAAUAUUACACGUUCUUUAUUAAAUGCAUUUGAUGAUCAAAGCUUAGCUUCCCUCUUUCACAAAUUCAAAAAGGAUUUUUCUUAA